AUGGUCCUCUCCUAUCAGGAGCUUUUGCGAGAGGCUGCAAAAGCGCAGCUCAGGAGACUGUGCACAGUAAAAAAGAAGAGGGUGAACUUGAAUGUCCCGUCUUGGGUUGUUCAAGAGUUCAAGUCCCGGCCUCAAAAUGAGACCGCGGCUUUGCUGAUGAGCUGCAACUUCGACAAGGCCAAGUUCAUCUCUUCCCUGGAGAUUGUGGUGAAGAAAAGAUCAUCUCUAAAGGUGACCAUUGAGGAAGAGUGGCUGACCGAAAAGGAGAUGAAAGAUGACUAUGGUUGGAGCCCGAAGAACGUCUACGAUGGGAUGGAGGAGUACUACGUUGUCAUCAAGGAGAAAGGUUCACGAGAACAGGAACAGGUUGAAGAGGAGACCCGAAAGAAAUCAAAGGCCUUGGAGGCUUCUGAGGAGCCGAACCUUUCCGCUGGGGCCUUUGAUGGCCUGACAAAGCUUCAAGAGCGCCAAUCUGCAGAAGUUGCCGUACCGGCAGUCCCGGAAGCACUUUCCCAAACCAAGAAGAAACUGCGCAAGUUCUUGGACGCUAUGAUCCAGAAGUCAGGCAAGAUCAGAUGCCUAGUCAGGGAAAUCAACGAUUCCUACUCGAAGAGUGAUCUGCUGCAGAAGUCCAGACGUCAGUUGGAGGAGGAACUCCAGAAAUUGGAUUCCCAGUAUGAUGCCUGCAACACUGUGAUGCUCAGAGGGGAGGUCAACGGAUUUCAGCCGGAGAAUGCAAAGAAGUACGAGAAGAAGGAUGCGGAUCUUUCCCCGGGAGAGAAUCGCAAGCCCACUGUGAAGCAGGAGAAGAAUGAGAAGAACAAGAAGGAGAAGAAGGAGAAGGAGAAGAAGGAGAAGGGCAGGUCUAAGCACGGAAAGGGUAAGAGUGCUGGCAAUGCUCUGCAGACUUUGAGCAAAGAUGUCGGUGAAGGAGCUUUGGCCUCAGCCAUCGCUGCAAUGCAGUGGUCUAUCCAAACAACCAUGAGACAAAUGGCCUCGACUUGCAGAGCUGUGAUUAGAGCAGCGCGUGGAGUUUUGAGUGAUAUCGGGGAGACAGCUGCGGAAGCCAGCAGUGGUCUCAUAGAGUUGAGCCGGUGUACUUUAAGCAACAGUGAAAGGGAUGUUGAGCGAGUGUCCAGGAAGUACAAUCUUCAGCUCCCUGUUCCCAUCAGAGAAAUUCAGAAAUCUCCUGGUGUCCGCUACUCCGGGAACUUUCACGUGAUCGCUUUGGAAAGCUGGCUUCAAUUCAUCAUCGAUCACAACGUCUGGCAUAUGUUACUAGGCCUGCACAAUGCAGACCCGAAACGGGAAAGGGCCUUGCUUCGCGAGUUUUGGCGCUUGUAUCGGCUUGCUGAGCCUGACCAUCAAGUGUGGGCUGAAAUUGAGAAGCAUGGUAUCAAAGUUGAACAUCUUUUGCCCGUCGUGAUGCACGGCGACGAGGGGUGCGGCCGGAAACGCGGCCCUUUCCUGGUGACCUCAUAUCAUUCAAUGAUAGGAUUCGGGACGGUUUUAGCAAAUGCCAACAGAAAAACAAAAUCCUACCUGCAGCUUCGAUUGAAUUACGUGGGCUCCACCCACUCCAGCAGAAUGAUCACUGGGUGUCUACCCAAGAUGCACAAAGACGAGCAGGCGCUUGAUGACCUUUUAACUUUCAUGACAGGCGAUUGUCUCAGAUCAUUUCAGCAGGGCGUCACUGGCAAGCAUGGUGAACGGUACCAUGCUGCUUGUCUGAAUGCAGUUGGAGAUUGGGCAUGGCUCCAAAAGUGCGGCCACUUGGAACGAUCCUAUUUGAACAUUCCGAAGAAAGCAUUGGUACAAACGAGCAAGCCCAAAGGGAUCUGCCACCUGUGCCACGCAGGGCGUUUGGAGCACGACUUCGAGGAUCUGAGCUUGAACCCUUCAUGGCUUCAGACGAUGUACUGCGAUGAGCCGUGGACAGUGAGACCCGUGCUUCUUCACCUCGCCCACUGCCCAUCACGGCCGGCAGAUUUCUUCAGCUACGACUUGUGGCAUGCGUUCCAUCUUGGUAUGGCAAAAAGUUUUGCCGCUUCGACAUUGGCACGUAUCACGGAUCGCUUCCCAGAAAGUACAGUCGACUCACGAUUUGAGCGUUUGACAUCGCUGUUCCUCACCUUCGCUGAUGAGCACCGUGAACCUACAUACAUCACAGCGCUGACGAAGGAAAGUUGCGGAUGGUAUGAUAGGAAAACCUAUCCCAACGGGCAGUGGAGCAAAGGCCACGUCAGUACAGUCUUGUUGCGUUUUCUUCAAAGUUACUUUGCGAGGUUUGACGUAUCAGAUGACAUCAUCCUGUCCAAGGCCAAGGCCGCAACGUCUGCAAUCAACACUUGCCUUCACGACAUGUAUUCUUCGGAUUUAUGGUUGGAGCCUUCCUUGAGCCAUCAGAUUGGUGGAAAAGGAAUGGAAUUUCUCCAGUUAUAUCAGCAACUUGCGAAAGUGUCCCAUGAUCAGGGGGAAGCGCUUUACCCUUAUAUGCCGAAGGCUCACAUCGUCCACCACGUGAUGUUGCGCUGUGCGACAUCACGUGGUGCGAUCUUGAACCCCUUAACGUUUGGGGUUCAGGUGGACGAGGAUUUCAUAGGGAAGAAGGCUCGGCUUGCUCGCAGAGUUGGACCGGGACAGGUGAUUUUGCGCGUGUUACAGCGGUCUUUGGCGGUAUCGUAUGCAUACUGGCAUGAGAUGGGCUUCAUCAAGUGA